AAACUCUCUUUCACGCUGGACAAAGAAACAAUGAUGCCUCAAGGCUGCUAUAUUUACCAGUACAAAGACAGCAACAAGUUGGUGGAGGAGUUCAUGCUGCUGGCGAACAUUGCCACUGCGCACCACAUUCACCGCCGAUUCCCUGAGCUGGCUUUGCUGCGAUGCCACCCUCCUCCCAAAGUCAAGAUGCUGGAUGAGCUGCAGGAGCUGUGCAGCCAGCUGGGAAUCAACAUUGACUUUUCCUCUGCUGGAGCGCUAAAUAAAAGUCUCAAUGAUGUUGUUGGUGAUGAUGAGUAUUCCAGUGCCAGGAAAGAAGUCCUCACCCACAUGUGCUCUAGACCCAUGCAGAUGGCGCUGUACUACUGUUCAGGCAUAUUAAAGGAGGAAGAGCACUUUAAGCAUUACGCCUUGAACGUUCCGCUGUACACACACUUCACCUCCCCCAUCCGACGAUAUCCUGACAUCAUCGUCCACAGGCUGCUGGCGUCUUCACUCGAGUGUGGGCCUCUUUUAAGCCUGUCCAUGGAGGAAGUACGAAAAGUAGCAUCCCGCUGUAAUGACAAGAAGACGAUGUCCAAGAGAGUCCAUGAGCUCAGCUCAGAUCUUUUCUUUGGAGCGUUUGUCAAGGUCAUAUGA